AUGAGCCCUCUCCUGCCAGCAAGGUUUCUGGCCGAUCAGGUGUACAGGAAAAGAAGCCCAUCAAUAUCAAGAGAACAGAACAGAAAAUACGAUCAAAGGGACGAGAGAGACGAAUAUUCACAGUAUGCUACAUCAGACAGUGCAAUGCCCAGGUCACCAUCAGAUUAUUCAGAUAGGCGGUCGCAGCGUGGGCCUCAGUUAUAUGAAGAACCUGAACUGGGUGAUUAUAGAGAUUCCAACAGAAGGAGUCGCAGGCGUUCCAAGGAGUAUCCGGUAGAAGAGGAAGAUGCACAAAACAGGGAAGAAUAUGAAAGGCAGCGGAGGGAAGAGGAAUACCAGGCACGAUACCGAAGUGAUCCUAAUUUGGCUCGUUAUCCAGUCAAGCCACAACCGUAUGAGGAACAAAUGCGUAUCCACGCUGAAGUGUCCCGAGCACGUCAUGAACGGAGACAUAGUGAUGUCUCAUUGGCAAAUACAGAGUUGGAAGAUUCUCGGAUGUCUAUGCUGAGGAUGGAACGACCAUCAAGACAAAGAUCAGUGUCUGAGCGCAGGGCUGCCAUGGAAAAUCAACGUUCAUACUCUAUGGAAAGAACUCGAGAGGCUCAGGGACCAAGUCCCAGUCGUCAGAGGACCACAAAUCAUAGCCCUCCUACACCUAGGAGGAGUCCAAUUCCUCUGGAAAGACCAGACAUGAGGCGCUCUGAUUCAUUAAGGAAACAACACCAUUUGGAUCCCAAUUCUGCCGUACGGAAAACAAAGCGUGAAAAGAUGGAGACCAUGUUACGGAAUGAUUCACUCAGCUCAGACCAGUCUGAAUCUGUCAGACCUCCACCACCAAAGCCCCAUAAAACGAAAAAGGGAGGUAAAAUGCGCCAGGUUUCACUAAGUAGCUCAGAAGAAGAAUUGGCGUCCACUCCAGAGUAUACGAGUUGUGAUGAUGUAGAGAUUGAAAGUGAAAGUGUUAGUGAAAAAGGAGACAUGGAUUACAACUGGUUGGACCAUACGUCUUGGCAUAGCAGUGAGGCAUCCCCAAUGUCUUUGCAUCCAGUAACUUGGCAACCAUCCAAAGAUGGAGACCGUCUCAUUGGUCGGAUUUUGUUAAAUAAACGACUAAAAGAUGGAAGUGUGCCUAGAGACUCAGGAGCAAUGCUUGGAUUGAAGGUAGUAGGAGGAAAGAUGACUGAAUCAGGUCGACUCUGCGCAUUUAUCACCAAAGUUAAAAAAGGAAGCUUAGCUGAUACAGUGGGGCAUCUUAGACCAGGUGAUGAAGUAUUAGAAUGGAAUGGAAGGCUACUACAAGGAGCCACCUUUGAGGAGGUGUAUAACAUCAUUCUAGAAUCCAAACCUGAGCCACAAGUGGAGCUUGUCGUUUCAAGACCAAUAGGGUAA